AUGGGCAUUGUUUCAUCAAAAGAAAAAAAACCAACUGAACAAGAGUCGAUAACUGAGGCUCAAAAAGCACAAUCUAAUGAUCAAGGAUCAACAAAUGAUCAAAAGACAGAAUCUAAACAACAAGAAACAGUAGGUGCAAAGCGUCCCAUCCAAAUUGAUGAUCCCAAUUUUUCUUCACCUCGUUCAAAACGAAAACCUACAAAAAAGGAAUAUGAUGAGAAAAAAGGAGGUGGUCGUGUAGGAUUAGAGGAACGUCCUGAACAUUUAGGUCCUCGUGAACCUCGAAUUCCAAAAAAGAAAGUUGCUUUAUUGAUCGGCUAUAACGGAACUGGUUAUCAAGGCCUCCAGCUUAAUCAAAAUGCUAGUUCGAUUGAAGGAGAACUUUUUAAUGUACUUUGUAAAGUUAAUGCCAUUUCAAAAGAUAAUGCAACUGAUCCUAAAAAAUCUGCAUGGAUGCGAGCUGCACGCACUGAUAAAGGUAUUGUUCAACGUAUUAAUGACCUUUUGCCUCCCCAAAUUCGUGUUUGGGGUUUUGUACCUGUCAUCAAUUCAUUCAAUCCCAAAAACCUGUGUGAUUCACGAGUUUAUGAAUAUUUAUUGCCUACUUGUGCCUUUAUGGCACCCACUGAAAAAACAUUGACAACAGAACCAAGUCAUGAAAACGACUUGAAGUUGGUAACCCCAGAAGGUGAAUAUCGUUACACAACACGCAGUACACCUAAAGAGCUUGAAGAACGUCACCAAUAUAGAGCAACAAAUGAUCAAAUCAAUAUCUUUAAACAAGCUCUCAAAUGUUUUGAAGGAACUCAUAAUUUUCACAAUUAUACAAAUGGAAAAUCCUUUAAAGAAAAAAGUGCUAAUCGAUUUAUCAAAAGUAUUGAUGUUUCUGAGCCCAUCUAUAUUGAUGGCAGUGAAUGGCUUAGUAUUAAGUUACAUGGUCAAUCAUUCAUGUUGCAUCAAAUUCGAAAAAUGAUUGCUAUGGCAUUACUUGUGACUCGUACAAAGACACCUAUUUCACUGAUCUCUCAAUCAUUUGAAGAAAAUAGAAUUAAUAUUCCUAAGGCACCUGCUCUUGGCCUUUUAUUAGAACGACCUAUCUUUAAGGUUUACAAUGAAAAGACACGCAUCAAGGCAUCUAAUGAAGUCAAACGAGAUAAAAUUGAUUUUGAUCUUUACAAUGAUAAGAUUGAGGAGUUUAAGCAUGAAUGGAUUUAUAAAAAGAUCUUUGAAACAGAACAUAAUGAGCAUGUAUUUGAUGGUUAUUUAACAUCGUUAGAUGCUCAUGUGGGUCCUGAUUACUUGUAUUUGAAUGAUAAAGGUGUAAUUCCAAAGGAAUGUUUAGUGGAAACAAAGUUUAACAAGAAGGGUAGUGAUGAAGAAGAAGAUGAAUAA